AUGUCCAACAGUUUGAGUAGCGCGAAAUGCGAGGAGUUUAUCGCCAAUGAUGUAACAUCCAAUAGAUCAAACAAUACGAGGAGAAUGUUAGUGAAAGAGUACAAGAAGAUUGGGCAUGGGGCAUUUGGAACUGUGGUGCAAGCGUAUAUUACUCCGGACAAGCAGAAAUGGUACGGUCCGUUUGCUAUCAAGAAGGUUCCUGCUCAGACAGAAUACAAAUCUCGUGAGUUGCAGAUCUUGAGGAUAACAGACCACCCGAAUGUUGUUAGACUGGAAUAUUUCUUCACACAUGUAUCGCCUGUAGACAAUAAGGUCUAUCAGCAUUUAGCCAUGGAAUGUCUGCCAGAGACUCUGCAAUUGGAAAUUAGCCGUUAUUCAUCGAACAAAUUGGAAUUACCUUUAAAGCAUGUCAAACUGUAUAGUUACCAGAUCACUCGUGGUAUGCUUUAUUUACAUGCUUUUGGAAUCUGCCAUCGUGAUAUUAAACCUUCGAAUAUUUUGGUUGAUCCAACAACGGGUGUACUGAAGAUUUGUGACUUUGGAUCUGCGAAAAAACUGGAACAAAACCAACCGUCAAUUAGUUACAUCUGUUCGAGAUUUUACAGAGCUCCUGAAUUGAUAGUCGGGUGUACGCAAUAUACAACACAAAUCGACAUAUGGGGAUUGGGUUGUGUGAUAGGCGAAAUGUUGAUAGGCAAAGCUGUCUUUCAGGGUCAAGAACCUUUAUUGCAACUAAGGGAAAUUGCGAAACUGUUAGGUCCACCAGAUAAAAAAUUUAUUUUCUUUUCUAACCCAGCAUAUGAUGGUCCAUUAUUUUCUAAACCGUUAUUUUCUGGCUCUCCGCAAUCACGCUUUGAAAAACAUUUCGGUCAUGCAGGCUCAGACGGAAUUGAUUUAUUGAUGAAAGUACUGGUUUAUGAACCUCAAUUGAGGUUGUCACCAAGAAGAAUAUUAGCUCAUGCAUUCUUCGGUGAUCUGAAAAAGGAAGAAUACUUUUUCCCCAGAGGUCAAACUCAACCUGUUCAACUACCAAAUUUGUUUCAAUUCAGCCAAUUUGAACUGCAAGUGAUAGGCGAGUAUCUCGAUAAAAUUGCACCACCAAAGAAUAAAUUACGAAACGAUGAAGAAACUGCAACAGUUGAUUGA